UACGCAUUUUACCUCCAAUAUUAAAGAUUUCACGAGUUCGGCUGCUUUCUACUGUGCACCUCAAGAGCUUGAUGUACCUUAUAUUUAUUAGUCGCUGAUUUUUUUUUAUGUUAGAUGUGUUACUCUUGAGAAUAAAGAAUUCGAAUAUCUACAUCGAUCAAUGGCCCAUUUUGACGAACGAAGCGGAAUAGUCGCAUGCAAGACUGAAUGGGGACGAUGGUGGCAAACGCUUGAAGAGGUUUACAUCGAAAUUUUAACAGGAAAAGAUAUAAACGCUAAACAGGUUCAGUGUAAAAUAGCAACAAACAGUCUCAGAGUAACAAUUGACGGAGAAGUUCUUAUAAAUGGUAACUUAUUUGAAGCAGUGCAUCCUGAUGAUUCAACAUGGACUUUGGAGGACAAAAGGACAAUCCUGAUUUGUUUGAGCAAAGCACACAACACUGCAGAUCACUGCUGGAAAGCAUUACUUACUGGAAAGUAUCAAGCAGAUUUUCUGACAUUUGACGAAAUGGAGAAAAAGCUUACCCUUCAAAGAUUUCAAACUGAAAAUCCAGGUUUUGACUUCAGUGGUGCUACCAUGUCUGGCAACUACCAUGGUGGUGGUCCCCAGUUUCCAUCAUAGUAUAAACUCAUUAGCACAGUGGUUCCCAACCUUUUCUUGCCUGCACUGGACAUGAUAUAAAAUCUUGCUGGCCAGAGCAUUGCUGUUUUGCCGAUCAUAACGUUAAAAAUGAAAUUAUUU